UUGUCAAACGGUGUCAUUUUAAAAUCGUUUGUGUGUCACAUAUUGUUGUUUGGUUUAUUUUGUAGUGUUUUUCCAUUUCAAAGAGUAUAAGACAGUUUUUUUUUCAAUUUUUUUUUAAAAUGUCUGACAACGACGAACCGACCACCACAAAACGACCACAUGAAUCAGACGAUAAGGCUGGAGAUGACGAUGAAUCUAGCGAUGGAUGGAUUGGACCAUUGCCCACCGAUGCGGCUCCGGUGAAAAAACGUAAAGUUUUGGAGUAUGAAAAAUUAUAUUUGGAAAAUCUACCGGAUGCCGAAUGCUAUGAGAAAAGUUACAUGCACCGAGAUGUAAUCACGCACGUUGUUGUCACAAAAACUGAUUUCAUUGUAACGGCCAGCAUUGAUGGUCACUUGAAAUUCUGGAAGAAAAUGGAAGAUGGCAUUGAAUUUGUAAAACAUUUCCGAAGCCACUUGUCACCGAUAAAUGCAUUGGCAGUUAAUGUGAAUGGAACGUAUUUGUGUACGGCUUCAUCGGAUAAAAGUGUGAAAAUUUUCGACGUUGUCAAUUUCGAUAUGAUAAACAUGAUAAAACUUGACUUUGAACCAAAAUGCGCCGAAUGGAUUCACAGUCCGAACGAUGCCAUCUCAGCUCUAGCUGUGAGUGACGCUGAUUCACCAAAAAUCGCCAUUUAUCAUGCUCAGGGAAGCAAUGAACCAUUGCACGUAUUGGAAAGAUUACACACAAAACCAGUAACAACAAUGAAAUAUAAUGCAUCUUUUGAAGUUGUCGUUUCGGUCGAUCAAGCUGGCAUUUUGGAAUUAUGGACAGGAGCUAAAACCGAUUAUAUAUUCCCCGCUAAAAUUGUGUCAUUCGAAUCAAAAUUAGAUACUGAUCUUUAUGAGUUUGCAAAGAAUAAGACGAUUGUUACGGGAUUGGCUUUUUCGCCCGAUGGCAAACGGUUUGCCACAUUAUCAACCGACCGAAAGGUGCGUGUGUUUACCUUUUUGACGGGAAAAUUGAUUCGAGUUUUUGAUGAGACAUUGGUUCGAUAUCAAGAGGUACAACAAACCAAACAUGCCCUACCGAACAUGGAAUUUGGAAGAAAAAUGGCAACUGAACGUGAUUUGGAAAAAUCGGAGUCACUGCAUUUGGCAAAUAUUCAAUUCGAUUGCAGUGGCCAUUUCAUUCUUUAUCCAACAAUGAUUGGCAUAAAACUUGUGAAUAUCGAAACAAAUCGUUGCAUAAAAAUUAUCGGAAAAGGUGAUAAUGUUCGACCAUUGCAUGUUGGCCUGUUCCAAGGUCGUACAAAGAAACCAAAGGCAGCAUUGUCAUUGGAACAAGAAGGAUCGGAUAAUCCAAUUUUAGCACAAUCGAGUGCUGACCCAACGGUGUUUGUGACAGCAUUUAAAAAACCGAGAUUUUAUUUGUACAGCCGACGGAUGCCAUCAGAUCUACAAAACGUUGAUCGUGAUGUGUUCAAUGAGAAACCAUCAAAAGAGGAUAUUAUUGCCGUGCCAGAGGGUCAAGGAUUCCAAAAAUUGUACAAUUCGGCAACUGUACAUACGACACGUGGCGAUAUUCAUAUAAAAUUGUUUGGUGUCGAAUGUCCAAAAACGGUGGAAAACUUUUGUGUCCAUAGUAAAAAUGGAUACUACAAUGGUCAUAUAUUUCAUCGUGUAAUCAAAGGAUUUAUGGUUCAAACGGGUGAUCCAACUGGUACUGGAACUGGUGGCGAAUCGAUUUGGGGCGGUGAUUUCAAAGAUGAAUUCCAUCCAACGCUUCGUCAUGAUCGACCAUAUACACUUUCGAUGGCAAAUGCCGGACCAAAUACAAAUGGUAGUCAAUUCUUUAUUACGGUAUUACCAACGCCGUGGUUGGACAACAAACAUACGGUGUUUGGUCGAGUGACCAAAGGAAUGGAAGUGGUUCAGAAUAUUUGCAAUGCCAAAACGAAUCCGAAAACCGAUAAACCAUAUGAAGACAUCAAAAUCAUUUCGAUUAAUUUAAGUUAAAAUAAAAUGUUCUUGAAUUUGUCUGUAAAAAUUGUACGCAACGCACUAUUGAAAAAUGAAAUAAAUGUUAAAGAAAAACACAUAGACAAUAUCCAUUAAA